AUGUUCGUGAAAAUUGCAAAAUUUGUCACGAAAAACCUCUUCAAUGUCGAGGGUUGGAUCUGCGUCGUGUCAGGAAGUGGAACCGGCCUCAUGAUUGCACAAGCCUUUGCCAAUAACGGGGCCAAAGUCUACAUCACGUCGUGCCGCCAGGCGUCCUUGAAACACACCAUAGCUCAUCCUAAGGGGAAACUUAUUCCAGUCACUUGUGACGAGAUCGACAAGCAGGAAGAUCACAUUGACCUACUGGUGAACAACGCUGGCAUCAGUGAAGAAUCAAAGGAAUGGUUUCGGGGAGAUUUUGAAGAUAGAGAUAGUAACUUCAAUUGGGAGAACGUUUACAGGACCAACAUCAACUGUUUCUUCACGAUUACAGCGUUUUUUCCCCUUCUCAACGCGACUUCUUUUGGCAAAUCACAUACACACUGGCUCUACCAUGAAUAUUACCUCUCACCCUACAAGUACAGCGUCUCAAAGGCGGCCGCUAUUCGCUUAAGUACUUUACUUGCGCAAGAAUUCAGGAUGGUAGCCGGCCAGGUGAGGACUAUGGCGAGAAGAAAGCAAUACACAGAUCGUCCUGGGCGUGGCGAAGAUAUUACACAAGCUGCUUUGAUGCUGGCCUGCAACCAGUAUCCAUAUGGACAGACCCUUGCCAUUGAUGGCAGGUAUCUCCUCGAACAUCCUUGUUUUACACUCUAG